UGGACUCACCUACAUCCGGGAAUCUGCGAGAAGAGGAUGAUCGUAAUGCAGAGGGUGUGGCUUGGCGGAAACGGGUACUGCGCAGCCAGGUACUGAUUGGCAAAAUCAGAACUGCAGGAGAAUGGACAGUGAGGUACAGAGAGAUGGAAGGAUCUUGGAUUUGAUUGAUGAUGCUUGGCGAGAAGACAAGCUGCCCUAUGAGGAUGUUGCGAUACCACUGAAUGAGCUUCCUGAACCUGAACAGGACAAUGGUGGCACCACAGAAUCUGUUAAAGAACAAGAAAUGAAGUGGACAGACUUAGCCUUACAGUAUCUCCAUGAGAACGUUCCUCCCAUUGGAAACUGACAUCUGGCUCUUUUUCCGUGAACAGAUUUUUUUUUUUUUUUAAUAUAUCAAUACGUAUUUUUGUUAGUUUAUUUUGUUUUUUCAGUUUCCUAACUCAUACCUUUUAGUGAUAAAUCAACACUCAAAAAUGUACACACACUAAGCUUGUGGCAGCAAAGUACUAAAAUAUUCACUGAAUGGGAAACUAAUGGAGAUUUCCCAGGAAUGCAGACUACUUGCCUCUAUGAACCAAAAACUCUGAUUCACUAGCUUGUAUUUGAACAUAAUUGGUUGAA